AUGUCCACCAGCGACUUUUCCGGCUGGGCCAUUCGUAGAAACGGCUCUUGCGUUGGGGAAGUUGACUGCGGCGUUACUAGAAAUCCCUUUCACGCCUGCUGCCCUUCUUCGACGGAAUGUCCAAGCCAAUACAACGUAGCUUGCUGCCCAUUCGGCCAGAACUGCACAGCAGCAGCUGUCGAGACCCCGAAAUGCGCCAAUGGAUCGUGGGCCAUGUUUGAUAACGCAGGCUUCUUCUGCUGCGAAAAGGGCUAUAUAGGCUACAACUAUGGCGGGACCGACGGAUGUUCUAAGUCUGGGGCAAGCUUACCGGAUGGCGCAUUGCCGCUUGCCGAGAUUUCUCAAGCUAGCUUCUCCUCGAGCUCGACGACGUCGACAACAACACCGACGGCAACGCCUGCGCCAGACUCUCAAUCAGACUCGCAAUCAAACUCCGACUCCGAUUCCAAUUCGAGCAAUUCUACCCCCGUGGGCCCAAUAGUUGGGGGUGUGCUUGGAGGAGUAGCGUUUCUCGCACUUGUUAUUUUAUGUUUAUGGUUUGUUCGCCGAAGAAAGGCCCGGGUCGAAGACGCUGCGCAGAGUUUUAUGCUGAACCAAGAACCUCCGAUCCCAAUAAGAACUGAGAAGUAUGCAGGAACAGCCGCGCCCGGUCGGGUAGAGAUUGACGGUAAUCCCCGGGUCGAAUUAUCGAAUGACGCUGCUACGAAGACUUUUACCGGACCGCCGAGCGGCUUUCCGACUGAUUUUCCUAGCGGCUUCCCGAGCGGAUUCCCUAGUGUCUUUCCUAGCGGUCUUCCGAGUGGCUUCCCAAGCGACUUCGCCAACGGGCCCCCUAGUGGCUUCCCUACAAGCCGCCCAACUGGUCUUCCUGCUGGGUUCCCUACUGGGUUCCCUACUAGUGGUUUCCCUAACGGUGCUGUUCCUACUGGCCUCCCAACCGGCCUCCCUACCGGCUUUCCUACCGGCUUCCCUUCAGCUCCCUCUGGCUCACCUUAG